GGGAAGCUCCAGGAGUAUGACUCAGAUUACAGCGACGAAGAAGUUAAAGAGCAGAAGGCCCAAGAGGUCAUGGACAGAAGAAGAAUGUACUAUGAAAAGAAACUCAACAAGAAAUAAGCAAAAGAAAGUCACCAACUUUGACUUCAACGCACAACUCAAUGCUCUUGAUAAUAAGGGGAAAGAUGAUGUCAAAGCACCUGCUUUAGCUUCCCAAAUGAAGUUUAUAAAAGUAAGGGUCCACACGAGGCUUGAGCCGCAUAGAGAUCCCCAAAAAGGAGCCCAUGGGGAGAAACUAAUCCAUUUGGAAGGAGAGAUUGAGAUCUCUGACAAGCUCAAGUUUAGGGAGCUUUUCGAGAAAUCAGCGAAAUUGUUCAACCGCCAGCUUGAUAAUCAGAAGAUACAGCUAAAAAUCUCUGAUAAUCCUGUGAAAAGCAAUUUUAGGUUCGCUGAUAGUGAUGGCACACCAGAUAUAAACUUCCCAUGAUUUGACCAAGACCAGAAGGUUAGCGACUGCGGCGUCACUAAUAUCUGCCUUGUUGUUGAUAAAGGGGAGAUAGAACAGGUGAGCCUCAACUCGAGCAACUCUGAGUCAAAGAAACCAAUAAACACUAAUACUACUGCCAUGUCGUCAAUGAUUAGGAUUGAAGAAGAUGUUGAAGAGCCAAAGCCAGGAAGCAUUCAGAUAAAGCCCACAACGAAUAGGGAUCCAUCAAGACUUGGUCAGACAACACAACCUUGCAAAUGCAUAAUCUUCUAA